GCGGCGCCCGCGGUAGGGUUCCGCCCGAGCCGCCCCUGGAAGGAGCGACGCGGGGGUCUGUAGCCAACACAGAUCGGAGUUGUUGAUUUAGAAUCCAAUGGCUGAAAGGAGUGACUGAUGGAUAAGCUAAAAAUCAGUUGACUGCCAAGGAGAUACACCCUAUUUAUUUUUCCUCCCAUAAAAAAUCAAGGGCUAAGAUUUAUUUAACACUCUUACUUCUUAGGAGGUAAGAAAAUGUGAAAUGGAGUACCGUAGCAAUGCCCUUAAUCUACCAUAUUCCUUAUUUUUGUAUACCACUUCUUGCCCCUCAGCCGGCCACGUCGCUCUUCCAUGUCGCCCAUCCGAUUUACCAUCCGAUGGCUCAGAUCGUUUCGAAUGGAUCCGAUCAGAAACAGCUUCUCGCUCCAACUCCAUCGGCAGCGGCUUCCUGCGCUCCUCCAUUGGCUUCUCCUGCUUUCUUCUCCUGAUCCGCGCCGCAAAAUAUCUUCCCAGCUUCUUCCUCUCCUCCGUGCACGACUCCGCCCGAUCCCGCCGCCUCCCUUUCUUUCCCCUGCCUCCGUCGGCGGCUCCACCCCCCUGCGCCAGUCACGCGCGGCCGUGGCCUCCCCAACACGGGUGACGCCGGUCGCCGGCUGCCCCGGCCAUGCGGCCGCGCUAGGACGGUGGCACGAGGCCACCCGACGGUGCCACCGCCCCAGCACGGACCUGCGUGGUCGCCUCUUCUUUUGCCCCUGCUGCGGCUCCGCUCGGCACCCCGGUCUGCCCGCGGCGCGUCACCUCUUCCUCUCCGUUGCCCUGGCUCAGCUCAGCGACCGGAUCUGGUUGUUGCUCAGUUUCACAGGUUGUGGCUUAGUUUCGCUGGAAUGUCCCACCUGCUUGCGAACUCCACUGGAUGGGUCUUCGCUCCUGCCCUCCAGACUUUGAUUGAUUGCAUAGGUAUAGUAAUUGAGAAAAUACUUCUGAACUAAUAUGUAUCUAGGUAUGGCCUUCUAAACCUCGGUCAAUGGUCUACAUUAAACAGUCUAUAUUGUCUAUCCUGCCAUUUGUCUCCAAAUGAUUAUUUUGGCUUAUAUGCUUGGGUUUAGCUGAAAUGCAUGACUGAAUUGAUUACCUACACCUUUCUAUAAUACAUGCAUUUUGGCAUACUUUUCGCUAUACCUCACAAUCUAAGUACUUCUCUAUUUUACUGCCCUCCUUGGCUCCCAUUUUCAGGUCAGGAUUUAACUGAACAAAACUAGAUCUCGGCUGCAAAUUUUUUAGAGUAUUUCAAUUUAGGAUUGGUAAUUUUAGUUAUAUUUGUAAAUUAGCUUUCGACACAUAUCCAGUUUCUUAAAUCUUAAAACAUUUCAUAUCAGCUAGCUUAUUUCAUUGCGUGAAUAGGGAAAUAAACAGCUGCUCUAAUGGUCUACAUUUCUAUGUGCCUGUCCUGAUCAGAGGCCUGCGCAAAGUUCCUCAUGAACUGUUCAUUGCAAUUUCUAUGAGAGGUACCUCAGAGACUCAGAUCUCCAUAUUUCUAGCAACCUUUUGGUUCUUAGGUUCAAUUGUUUCAGAAAUUCUAUAUGCCAUAUUUCGGACUUCCUGCCCCGUGCGAAGCACGGGGGUACCUGCUAGUUAUUACUUGUUCUUGGACAUUGCCUAGCAUUUCAUUUCAUUUCAUUCAUCAGACGAUGCAUCCCAAUCCAUUCAGUUAUUACUACUAGUACUCUUUAAGUUCACUGCCAUCUGGGCCUGCUCCCCGCCGCCGCCUUCUUGCUGCUCCGGCCUCUGGAACUGGGAGCUGCCGCCGUGACGGGAACAGGAGGAGUUGCCUGCCGCCGCCUCCUGCUGUCGCUGUCGUCGCAGCCCACACCCACAGUAAGCUCAAGCAUAUUGUGCUUCUCUUAUCGGCUUCCUCGAUGCUUACGAACUCAUCGCUGGACUUGGCAUCCUCACCCCCUUGGUGCGCGGCUGCUGAAUCCCUGCUGCUUGCCAUGUCAUCGGACUCGAAUUCCUCCGUAGCAUCCUCUGCUGCUGCGGCUGCUGCCUCUCCUCCUCCUCCUUCAUUUAGGGAAGCCGGUAUGUUCUGCUGCAGCAGCAGCAGCACUUGAUGCACGGCAUGUCUUGCCGCAUCGGCAGCCCAGCCCUCGACACCAUUCUCUGCCGCUGCUCUCCGAAGCAGCUCCUGCGCACUGGCCGUGAUGUCGAAACCGCCAAGCCGCGCGAUUUCUAGGAGGAAGUGGAUGUCCAGCUGGGCCUGGGCGCCAUGGCCGAUCCACGACUCUGGCGGGUUGCUCGAGAGCCAGGAGAUGAGCGCCUCCAUCAGCUCCUGCAGCAGCUCCUUCAUGGUUCCGUCCUCGCCGCUCAGGAUGCCACCGUACGCAUCCUUGAGCCACCUUACCCGAAGGAGCACCACCUGGAAAGCCAAAGAUGGCAUCAACUCAUUCUUCUCUGGUGGUGGUGGUGGUGGUGGUGGUGCUGCUGCUGGUGGUGGUGUUCCUGCAGACAGUGAUGCCUCGUCCGCCAUUGCCAUGGUGCCUCGUAUGAAUUGCUGGCAGAAGCAGCUCCACACCUGCCCGGCUGCUUCUUUGAUCAGGCUGCCCACUUGUCUCUGCGCUGACGCUGUCCACGCCAUGGUCGGGAGCAGGGACACCAAGGUGGAGCAGUUGACCAGCACGGAGAGCUGCCGCAUGUACCGCUGCUUGUCGUCUUCCUUCUUGUUUGGGAAUGACGGGAUGUCCUCCUCCUCUAACAAUAAUAGGUCUAGGAUGGAGCGCACGUACUCCCUGAAUAAGUCUGCAACAAGCUGCGCGGCGUCGCCGUCCAUGCCCAGACCAAGACUUUGCAACGGGCAGGCUACGCCGUCCACAACCUCCUGCACUAGGGUCACGAAUUUCCUUCCGCUGGCUGUCAGCAGGCAGUAGCGAUGGCGAUGAUGCUCAUCACCUGCAGCAGCCGGCAUCAUCAUCAGGAGGAACCGGCCCAGCUCCUAGCU